GCAUAAAACUAACGGCACCGGAAAGAAGCGAGCUCUCCCAUUCUCACUCUCAGAACUUGUUAGUAACUCCUUGAAGUCUAAAACCCAUCCUGUCCCCAUUUCUCCGAAACCCUAAGCUAAGCCUGAUUGUCGCAGAGGCAACCAUGAGGGCCCUAAUUUCCAGCACCAAAAGGCUCAUCUCCACCACUACCACCGCCCUGUCACGUUCCAACCACCGAAACUACAGCCUCAUACCGAUGGUGAUCGAGCACUCUUCCCGCGGCGAAAGAGCUUACGACAUAUUCUCUCGUCUCCUCAAGGAAAGGAUCGUCUGCAUAAACGGAACCAUCAACGACGACACUGCCCACGUCGUCGUAGCCCAGCUCCUCUUCCUCGAAUCCGAAAACCCCUCCAAGCCCAUCCACAUGUACCUCAACUCCCCCGGCGGCCAUGUCACCGCAGGCCUUGCAAUUUAUGAUACGAUGCAGUACAUUAAAUCUCCAAUUAACACAAUCUGUUUGGGCCAAGCUGCAUCCAUGGCUUCUCUCCUUUUAGCUGCAGGCGCCAAGGGCGAAAGGCGGUCCCUCCCCAAUGCGACCAUCAUGAUUCAUCAGCCUUCUGGUGGAUACAGCGGCCAGGCUAAAGAUAUGACCAUUCACACUAAGCAGAUUGUUCGCGUUUGGGAUUCGUUGAAUGCUUUGUAUUCGAAGCACACAGGACAAUCGGUUGAUGUAAUUCAGAAGAAUAUGGAUAGGGAUUAUUUUAUGACUCCCGAAGAGGCCAAAGAAUUUGGGAUAAUUGAUGAAGUUAUUGAUGAAAGACCAAUGGCUCUGGUCACCGAUGCUGUAGCAAAUGAAACCAAAGAUAACAAAGAAAGCAAAGAGAGCAAAGAUAAAGGUUCCAAUUAGGAUCAGAGGUGGUAAGCUGUUUGAUGAUUUAUUGUUUCCGUUCUCCAAUUUCAUGAUUAACUAUUUUUGUAGCUGUUUUUCGGCUGUUGAUCUUAUGCUCCUGGAAUUGAUAUCUGCAAUUUAGUGAGCUUGCCGGCUAAUGUUUCCAUCAGUACUUGUAUGAGAUCAGACACAAAGUUUUGCUGGCAAAGAGUUUUAUUUAAGAAAGCGCACUUAAGUAGAAAAAUAAUACAUGAAUGGGUGUUUAUAUAUUUA